AUGGAGGAAGACGAGGCCUCCAUUCAGGAGAUAUUUUGUUCGGUGCAGAAUCUGGAUGCUGUUAUGAUAGUUUCAGGAACAAUGUUCCAGGAACGCAGAAGUUCCAGACCAUCUUCAAAGGAAGAUAUGAAGUGCAUGGACAAGAUCGUCAUUCAGUGUAAUGAAGGGUCAGUCAUCGGGUUCUACUCUGUGUUGGGUUAUAUGGGGUUUCUGGCAAAUGUUAGUUUUGUUCUGGCCUUCAUGGUGAGGACAUUACCGGACAGUUUUAAUGAGGCCAAGUACAUCACCUUCAGUAUUCUGGUGUUCUUCAGUGUCUGGAUUGCCAUGAUCCCGGCCUAUCAAAGCACCAAAGGGAAAUUUAUGGUAGCUGUGGAGCAGCUGGAAUCUCGGUGCUCAGAGGUUUGUUUGCCUGGAAGCAGAAAAAAGCCAGGAUCUUCAAUCCACUCUUGCUGCUAUGACUGUGUACCAUGUUCAGAAGGGGAGAUAUCCAAUCAGACCGACAGUGAGAGCUGUAUGAAGUGCAGAGAUGAUGAAUGGUCCAAUGAGAAGAAGGAUCAGUGUGUUCCAAAAGUGUUGGAAUUUCUCUCCUACACUGAUGUCAUUUCUAAAGUAUUCAUCACAGCUUCUGCUUUACUCUGUAUUGUGACUGUUUUAGUAAUGGGGAUUUUUUUUUCCUAUCUGAACACCCCCAUUGUCAAAGCUAACAACAGAAACCUGAGUUUUGUUCUCCUUGUCUCCAUCUUGUUGAGCUUCCUCUGUGUGUUCUUGUUCCUUGGUCAGCCAUUGGAUAUAACCUGUAUACUCCGUGUUACGACAUUUGGAGUCAUCUUCUCCAUAGCCGUCUCCUCUCUUCUGGCUAAGACAAUCAUGGUUUACAUUGCUUUCAAAGCCACCAAACCUGGCAGCCACUGGAGGAAAUGGAUUGGAAGCAAACUGUCCAACGCUAUAGUAUCAUUGUGUUCAUCUGUUCAAGUGAUAAUAUGUCUUAUUUGGUUGUUCUCUUCUCGCCCAUUUAAAGAAAUGGACACUCAGUCUUAUCAGGACAAGGUCAUCAUUCAGUGUAAUGAAGGGUCAGUUAUCGGAUUCUACUCUGUGUUGGGUUAUAUGGGGUUUCUGGCAGCAGUGAGUUUUGUUCUGGCAUUCAUGGUGAGGACAUUACCGGACAGUUUUAAUGAAGCCACAUACAUCACAUUCAGCAUGCUUGUGUUCUGUAGCGUUUGGAUUGCCAUGAUCCCGGCCUAUCUGAGCACCAAAGGCAAAUAUAUGGUAGCUGUGGAGGUUUUUGCCAUAUUGGUCUCAAGUGCUGGACUUCUAAGCUGUAUAUUUUUCCCAAAAUGUUUCAUUAUCCUAUUUAAAUCAACAAUAAAUACACAAUCAUAUUUACUUGAUAGGAAGAAAAUAUAUGAGUAA